CCCAAUUAAUGUCUAGUUUUGUUAUUUAAUUUUUACCUCUUACCGUGUGUGUUUGUUUUGUAAAUGGACUAUUUAUGUUUUUUGACAUUAUUUUCAUAUCGUAAUUUUAUCAAUAAUUCACGUGUGUUGAUAAAAAUCUUUUGCUUUUUUUAAUAACAGUAAUCUAAGAAUGAAUAAUAAAUGAUUAAAAUAAAUGAAAAGUUUCAUUACAAUUAUUUCAAAUUUGAUGUCUUUAUUUUAAUAAAGUUUGAUUGACUACCAAAAUCGCAUAAAUUCAAAAUGAGUAAACGGUCUGCAGAGGAGGAGAACGUUUGUUCUUUCUUCUUAGAGCGAAAAAAAAGACUCUGUCGCAUGAAAACUGGGAAUGGAAUGAAUUUUUGUCCUCAUCAUUCUCAUUUAGGAUCUGAUCUGAAUGAAAAGAAAGGUGCCAGAGUACCAUGUCCACUUGAUUCUUCCCAUUUCUGCUAUGAGUCAAAACUUCAAAAACAUCUGAAGAAGUGUAAUGCAAGAGAAAAGGAAAAGCCUGCUUAUUUUGUACAAAAUAUCAAUGCACCUGAUUUCAACAUAUCUGAAAAUAAUAAGCUGUAUUUAAUUGAUGUGCCUGAUGAAGAGCUCUUGUGUUUAGUUGAAAAAGUCAAGACUUUAUAUAAUGAGACUGAUUUGCAUAUUCAUGACAGUUUUACAUUGCACCCCAUUUUGCAGGCUGAAAUGCAAAAUGUGGAUGAUGGUUUGUGUUCUUUUAAACAUAUGAAACAGCAAGCCUCUUUAUUAGCAGUUUUGGAAAAUUUUAAUUUAUUAGCUGAUGGAACAUGCUUCCUUGAAUUUGGAGCUGGAAAAGGUCAGUUAAUGUAUUGGAUUAUAAAAUGUGUUCCAGACAGCGAAAAGCCUGCUUUUAUUCUUGUUGAUAAAUCAGCUCAAAGACAUAAAAGUGACAACAAAUUUAAAGGAUGUGAUCUUCUGAUUCAAAGGAUAAGGAUUGAUAUUCAACAUCUGCACAUAGGUAAAAUUGAGAGCAUUGCAGAAAAGUUAAAUAAAGUUGUUGGUGUGAGCAAACACCUGUGUGGAGCAGCAACAGAUUUAAUCUCAAAACUCAGCAGUUUAAAAGAAAUGCGUCAUGACAGCCUGAAUAAAAUAUUUUUAUCAUCCAUUUGCCUAUGUGUUGCCAUUCAGGAAAAAUAUUUAGCUCUGAAAUGCUUGAUGGAUACUUUAGAAGUUGAGCAAAAUGAAGAAAAGUUGAAACACAAGGCACUGGGAAUGGUGAUGGCCUUAUGUUGUCACCAACAGAUGUACAUGGAGCACAUAUAUAGGUAAAGAGUUUAAGAAAGAGCAUGGUAUUUCUGAAAGAGAUUUCCAAAUUAUGUGCUGUAUAGCAAGCUGGGGUACUUGUGGCCUGAGAAAAACAGAUAAAGUGAGAAUCCUCCUAAUC